GUGCUUAAAGUAUCUAAAAUGAAUCCGUGUUAUCGGGAAUCUUUCAUAUCUGGGUGAAAUUUUCCGAAGGAGGACAGCUGUCUAAUAUGCAGCAUUCAAGCAGCCUCUUCGCAACAGAACACCACUGACUCUGGUAGCAAGGUUAACUUUGGAUUGUCAAAUUAUUCCGAUAACUUAAGUUCGGUUUAAAAAUGUCAGACAGAUACAAUGAUGUCAAAAUUCUUCUGAAAGACUGGGAGCGCGCAUUUCUACAGGAACAAAAGCGAAAACCCAACAAGGAUGACAUUGACAAAGCACCCGAGGAGACUAAAAAGCUCUACAAAGAAUAUCGUACAUUGAAAGAAGCUAAAGAGAACAAUACUAGUAAACAUGAGGUACCAACGCAAACCCCAGAGACCAACAUCACAACCAAGGAACCAGACUGCUGGGGAUCCCACCUGAGCCGCAAGAAUAUGCCUGUUGCUCCUCCGAAGCUCACCCCAAAAGAGAAGGAGUCUAUGCAGGCCUCUGCACAGUACUUUGGCAUGAAGCUGAAAUUAAAUAUUGGGUCUUUGACCAAGGACAGACCAGUGACUCUGAAAAAGUCCCUCACUCCCCGACGAACACCACUGAAAACGUGGAAAGAUAGCCAGGAGGAGUCGGGUCCCCCAGCAGUAAUUGCUAAUGUUGAGCUGCCUCUUCCAAAACCAGCCAACACGUGCCCAGACCCCAGUGCCACGCCUGUGCAAACAGCCAGCACACACUUGGACGAGGAGCCAUUUGAGCCUUUCAUGUCUUCACCAGCCUUCACCCCGUCCAAAGCACGGUGCCCUACUACGACGCCUGGUUCCUCAGCCAGCCUGGCAAAGAGAGCACAGCAGCUGCGCCAUUCCGUGAGCAAUCGUCUGUCGUCCGUGGACCACGGCUGGCUGCAGCGCUGUCAGGUGUUUGACGAAAUGGACGGCGGUGAGCGCCCGGUCGUAGGCAACGUGGAGAAGAAGAAGAAAGAGGAGGAGGAGGAGAAGGAGGAUUCUGGCCAGUCGAGCAGUGGCCGCGCUCCAUCGCCUCGUGCGGCCGCCGCGGCCGAGUUGACGCCGGCCCGUGCCAGCCCGAAUAAACCGGCUCCCGCGGGAGACGCGGCGGCCAGGAACGCCCCGGCCCGUCCGCGGCCUCCAGACGACAGGCCACAGAUGGGUGGCGUAACGUCUCCGGUCGGAGCUGCCUGUCUCUGGGCCGAGGGCCACGGCUCCUCAUUAGGGCCCAAUGAUGGAGGAGGAGAAGGAGGAGGAGGAGGAGGAGAAGGAGACGGGGAUGGAGAAACCAGACCUGGUCUCGGAGGAGCAGCAGGAGCGGAGCGGGUCAGAGUCGAGCGGGCCAGUGGCACCGGCGCCGCCAAGAGGCCCCGGGCGCGAGCCAGGAAAAGACGGGAGGAGGAAGAGGAGCAGCAGAAGGAGGAGGAAGAGCCCGGGCAGGCGAGGGAGCAAGGUAAGGAACCGAGGCCGAAGAAGGGGCCGCAAAGAAAGGGCCGAAAGAGGCCGAGGGACGACAAAGACGACGGCGACGGAGGAGAGGAGGAAGAGGGAAAAGGAGACGGGGAACAGAAACCAGGAGACGAAGGAGACGAAAAGAGGGGCACAGCCAAGAAGAGGAGGAGGACGACCAAGAAGGGAGAGACGACGAGCGCUUCAGACAGCCCCAAAAAAGCCAGGGCUCCACGUGGGCGGAAACAGAAGGCCAGAGGAAGCGGAGGAGACGGCAACGACCCCGAGGAGCAGGAGGAGGAGGAGGAGGAGAAGAAAGCGUUAAAGCAGAAGGCCGCGAGGCCCCCCCAGGAGAACCUGCUGGGGGAGGUGGACGAGGAGGACGCUCGGGCCGCCUCCUCCUCCUCCAGAGUGAGGAACACCAUGAGGCCAAGUGGACCCAAAAAUACAGAUGCCAACUUUGUGAAAAUCAACUUGAAGAAAAAGUCUCAUGUCAAAGGAUAUGCCUUAAGAGGGGCUGGACUCCGCAAACAGAUAUACAUGCAGAAGUUCCAGCUGAAGGGCGAGCGCUUUGGAGGGUUCGGAGGUCGAGGUCGAGGAGGCCGAGGCCGCGGAGGCUUUAGCAAUUUCAAUCGCCAAGGAGACACGUGCUUCAAGUGUGGCGGCACAGGCCACUGGGCGAUGAACUGCAUGGGCAAAGCUCCGGCUCCUGCGGUGGACAGUGGCGCCGCUGACGGUGCGACUCCCGAGGAAGACGAGCCGUUCGAGCUGCCCACCCUGGAGGAGGUUGCCCGGGCGACCGGGACUCUGCGCUCGGAGCCCAUAGUGGUAGCACCACCACUGCCGAGUGUAGGGGAUGAUGCCGACGACCAGGAGGACAAGCAGGAAGAGGUCCUUCUGAACGUGAUCAGACCGGACUAUGAGCGGCCUCCCCCACCGCCUCCGAUGGAGCCCCUCUACGGCCUCAACGAGGAUGGCAAAGUCCGAGCUGCUCCAGAGGAAGUCUUGGAGGCCCUCAGGGACUUUGGAUACAAAUCCUUCAGGCCCGGACAGGAGGUGGCCAUAAUGCGAAUCCUAUCUGGCCUGUCUACGCUUGUGGUGUUGUCUACCGGGAUGGGGAAAUCUUUGUGCUACCAGCUCCCAGCGUAUCUCUAUGCCCAGAGGUCCAACUGCAUCACGCUUGUGGUCUCUCCUCUGGUCUCCCUGAUGGAUGAUCAGUUGUCAGGGUUGCCUCCCAAUCUCAAGGCCGCUGCCAUUCAUUCUAACAUGUCAAGGAAACAGAGGGAAACUGCCAUAGAAAAGGUGAAGGCAGGCCAGGUGCACGUGCUGCUGCUCUCCCCGGAGGCGUUGGUGGGUGGGGGCCACUCGGGCGCAGGCUGCUUGCCCCCAGCUGACCAGCUCCCCCCAGUGGCGUUCGCCUGCAUUGACGAGGCCCACUGCGUGUCUGAGUGGUCCCACAACUUCAGGCCCUGCUACCUCCGACUGUGCAAGGUGCUGAGAGAUCGUCUGGGCGUUCGCUGUCUGCUGGGUCUGACGGCUACGGCCACUCUCUCCACGGCGCUGGACAUCGCCCAGCAUCUGGACAUCACUGACCAGGACGGCAUCGCCGUGCGCUCCGCUGCCGUGCCACACAACCUGCGGCUGUCCGUCUCCAUGGACCGAGAUAAGGACCAGGCCCUGGUGACUCUGCUGAAGGGUGAGCGCUUCGGGGCGCUGGAGUCCAUCAUCGUCUACUGCACCAGGCGGGAGGAGACCACGCGCAUCUCUGCACUUCUGCGCACCUGCCUGCAGGGGGUGACGGUCAAGGAGCCCGCCGUCCCCCGCAAACAGGAGGAGGACAACCCCGUGGGCAGGAAGAAGAAAGCUUUGGCCAGGAAGAAGAUCCGCAAGCCGCUGAAGUGGAUCGCCGAGUCCUACCACGCGGGCAUGUCCGCUUCGGAGAGACGCCGCGUCCAGAACAACUUCAUGUGCGGCGAGCUGCGGGUGGUGGUGGCCACCGUGGCCUUCGGCAUGGGCCUGGACAAGUCGGACGUGCGCGGCAUCAUCCACUACAACAUGCCCAAGAGCUUCGAGAGCUACGUGCAGGAGAUCGGCCGCGCCGGGCGAGACAGCGAGCCGGCCCACUGUCACCUCUUCCUCGACCCCGAGGGUGGGGACCUGCACGAGCUGCGGAGGCACAUCUACUCAGACACUGUGGACUACAUCACGGUGAAGAAGCUCGUACAGAAGGUGUUCCCAUCGUGCAAGUGCAGACAGAUUCAUCAGAGGCAUCAGGAAAUGGCUAAGGCCAUGGAAGUGGACGAUGACGAGAUGCUUGAAAUGAUGGACGCUUGUGAGGAGACCCAAGAUGGCCAAGGGCAACCGAGAGAGACCGAGGCACCUGAAGAUGUGCCCAUGGAGGAGACACCUGACCAGACCACCGGCAGAGAGGAGCAGAGUCUCCCGCCAAGCACCGCAACAACAGCCCCACCACAGAGUCAGACCAUCUCUCACACUGACCACAAGGAGGACAUCGCACAGAUGCCUGAAGAGGAGCGCAAGGAGGAGUCUGGAGAUGGCGAGUCUGAGACGACUGAGGGAGAGAAGGGACUGACCGUCACAGAACGAGUUUGUCACACCCACGAGAGGGCCAUCCCAAUGCAGGACACAGUAGAGGCCCUGGACAUCACAGAGGAAGGUCUGGAGACGCUGCUGUGCUACCUGGAGCUGCACGCCCAGCGCUGGGUGGAGCUGCUCCACCCGACCCUCUCCAACUGCAGCCUGCAGUGCUACGGAGGUUCCCAGCAGCUGCGCAAACUCGCCAGAAUCUGUCCCCCCAUCGCGGUGGCCCUGGCGCGGAUGAGGAUGGCAGGGGAGCGCGUGGAGAACUGCAGCUCGCUGGACUUCGACGUGGUGGAGCUGGCCGACACCAUGGGCUGGCAGUUGUACCUGGUCAAGAAAGGACUGAGGCAGCUUCAGUGGGGCUCUGGGUCGUUUGGUGGCACGGGGAGGACUGGCAUCCACGUGGAGUUCAGCAGCCUGUCCUUCUACUUCCGUUCCUACGGCGACCUGAGCCCGGACGAGAUGGACCAGGUGUGUGCGUUCCUGCACGGGCGUGUGGUGGCCCAGGAGAGGACCCAGCUCUACCAACUCACUGCCUGUUUCAAAGCCUUCCGCAGUGUUGCCUUCCGAAACUGCAGCUUCUGCAUGGAUGAGCUGGACGAGGAGAGGAGCCUGAAACUCAAAGAGCUGCUGAGCGAGUACUUCGACAAGAGGAGAGAUCUGGACCUGAGCAAAGAGUUCCAGCAGGACCAGGACGAGGAGGACGACUCGCUUAACAAAUUCAAGAUGAAAGAUUGGGAGGGUCAAAUUCGUGCCGACAUCCGUGGUUUCCUGGCCCUUCGCAGCGAUGAGAAGUUCUCUGGACGGGCAGUGGCAAGGAUAUUCCAUGGAAUUGGGAGCCCAUGCUAUCCUGCCCAGAUUUUUGGCAGGGACCGCCGGUACUGGAGGAAGUACAUUCAGUUUGAUUUCAAUGAAAUCAUCCGCUUUGCCACACAAGAAAUAAUAGGGAGAAAAUGAUGAUGAUGAACUUGUUCUUGAGUUGCUUUUCUGAGUCACCAUUUUAUAGUGAACUUGACAGUUCUGCUCUCUGUAUAUAUGUAUC